CAUAUCUGUCUCUGUCUCUCUUGGGCGCUCGGAGAGUCAGAGGCAGAAAACACUGCGCUUUUUCAGAUUUCAUUUUCGUUUCCAAACGUUGGAAUCUCUAUGUUUCAUCGCUAUCCGAUUCCUUGAAUUUGCAUCAAAUCCCACAGUCUGGACUGACUUCUCCUCUGUUUCGUUAAAAUACAACAGAGAGAGGCGCAGGAAAAUCGUGGCGACAUGGUUUUCCUCGGAAGGAAGGAGUGAAGGAACAUAAUGUUCUUGCUUUUAUUGGGGUUUGCAACCAAUCUAAGCACUCCCUAAUUCCGUUUCAGAUCACCAUCUUUCUCUCUCUUUUUUUCUCUGGAAGAGGGUUCUCUAGUUUUGAAUACGGAAGGAAAUACGAGAUAUAUAAAUGGCUACACUUGGGGAUAUUGGACUUGCGGCAGCUAUCAACAUUCUCAGUGCAUUCAUUUUCUUUGUGGCAUUUGCCAUAUUAAGGCUUCAACCUUUCAAUGACAGAGUGUACUUUCCAAAGUGGUAUCUGAAGGGUCUAAGAACCGAACCAACAUCUUCUGGAGCUUUUGUACGCAAGUUUGUCAAUUUGGACUAUAGGUCAUAUAUAAGGUUUUUGAAUUGGAUGCCAGAUGCACUGAGAAUGCCGGAACCUGAACUGGUUGAGCAUGCAGGACUGGAUUCUGCUGUUUACUUGCGGAUUUACUUGACAGGACUUAAGAUCUUUGUUCCAAUAGCCUUCGUUGCAUGGACUGUCCUGGUCCCAGUUAACUGGACGAAUAGCAAUUUAGAGCAAGAAAAGGGUUCUAAUGUAACUUCUAGUGACAUCGAUAAGCUCUCUAUCUCAAAUGUUCCAGUUGGAUCACAAAGGUUUUGGGGUCAUAUAGUAAUGGCAUAUGCCUUUACCUUUUGGGCGUGCUAUGUGCUGCUAAAGGAGUAUGAGAAAGUUGCCUCAAUGCGUCUACAGUUUCUUGCAUCAGAAAGACGCCGUCCAGAUCAAUUUACGGUCCUUGUCAGAAACGUUCCACCUGACCCUGAUGAAUCUGUGAGCGAGCUUGUAGAGCACUUUUUUCUAGUCAACCAUCCAGAUCACUAUCUUACUCAUCAGGUCGUAUAUAAUGCAAACAAGCUCGCCAAAUUGGUCAAGGAGAAGGAAAAUUUGCAGAACUGGCUUGUUUACUACAAAAAUAAAUUUUCUAGGAAUUCCUCUAAGAAGCCCUCCAUGAAGACUGGUUUUCUUGGCCUUUGGGGAAAAAGAGUAGAAGCAAUUGACCAUCAUGAGUCUGAAAUUGAGAAACUUUCAAAAGAAAUAGCAGCAGAGAGGGAAAGAGUUUCAAAAGAUUCAAAGUCUAUAAUGCCUGCAGCAUUUGUUUCCUUCAAAACUCGCUGGGCUGCUGCUGUUUGUGCCCAAACUCAACAAUCCAGAAACCCAACUGUUUGGUUAACAGAGUGGGCUCCAGAGCCACGAGAUGUGUAUUGGGAAAACCUGGCAAUUCCAUAUGUUUCCCUCACCGUGAGAAAGCUAAUUAUAGCUGUUGCAUUCUUCUUCUUGACGUUCUUUUUCAUGAUCCCAAUUGCAUUUGUACAAUCUCUUGCAAGUAUUGAGGGCAUCGGGAAAGCAGCACCAUUCUUGAAGCCUCUUGUUGAAAAGGAUUUCAUUAAGUCAUUCGUCCAAGGUUUUCUACCUGGGAUUGUGUUGAAGAUCUUCCUGAUCUUUCUGCCAGCAAUAUUGAUGAUCAUGUCUAAAUUUGAAGGCUUUGGAUCUCUAUCUUCUCUAGAAAGGAGAUCGGCCUCUCGAUAUUAUCUUUUCAACUUUGUAAAUGUAUUCCUCGGGAGCAUCAUUACUGGAAGUGCAUUUGAACAACUAGAUUCAUUUAUUCACCAAUCAGCAACCGAUAUACCUAAAACAAUUGGUGUGGCGAUUCCAAUGAAAGCAACUUUCUUCAUUACUUAUAUUAUGGUUGAUGGAUGGGCUGGCGUAGCUGGGGAAAUUUUAAUGUUGAAACCUCUUAUUAUUUACCACUUGAAGAAUUCCUUCCUAGUGAAGACAGAAAAGGACAGGGAGGAGGCAAUGGAUCCAGGAAGUCUUGGUUUCAACAUAGGAGAACCUCGCAUACAAUUUUAUUUUCUACUGGGCUUUGUGUAUGCUACAGUGACACCUGCUAUACUUCCUUUCAUAAUCGUCUUCUUUGCCCUUGCCUUUGUUGUGUUCCGCCAUCAGAUCAUAAAUGUUUAUAGCCAACAGUACGAGAGUGCAGCAGCAUUUUGGCCUGAUGUCCAUGGCCGUAUUGUAACUGCAUUGGUGAUUUCACAAGUGCUUCUAUUGGGAUUAUUGGGCACAAAAGAGGCUGCCAAGUCAACUCCAUUUCUCAUUGCACUUCCAGUUCUGACCAUAUGGUUCUAUAGGUUCUGCAAAGGCCGUUAUGAAUCAGCAUUUGUUAAAUUUCCAUUACAGGAAGCAAUGAUGAAAGAUACAUUAGAACGCGCAAGGGAACCAAACCUGAACUUGAAAGGCUAUCUUCACAAUUCAUAUAUACAUCCAGUUUUUAAAGCAUGUGUAGAAGACGAGGACAAGAAAGUGGAUGAUGAUGAAAAAUGGGAGACUGAGAGCGUGCUUGUGCCCACAAAACGCCACUCCCAAAGGAAUACACCAGCACCCAGCGGAGUUAGUGGCUCCCGUUCAUCUUCUUCCUCCUCUCUGCGUGGGGCUUCUGAUUUCUGAAGAACAUCCAACCCCCUCAUUCUAGGCAGGAAACUUUGCUUCUUACCUUAUGUUUCAUCUUCACACAAGUAUACCAAGGGAAGAAGACAGACAUAGUGUGAACAGUGUAUACCAACAGAUAGACGGACAGAGAGUUACAGCAAUCUUUAGGACCUUCAGCAAUCUUGGUUUUUUUGGCAGUCAGUUGAUUUAGAUUAGAGGGUGGCAAGUGUAAAAUAUUGUGUGUAUGAGUGCUUUUAAAAAUUGGUGAUAUCUAUAUGUAUCAAAGAAUUAUUUGAUAAAAUUUCAAUGUGAAUACACGCAUUGCUGCUUAA